GGCACCCAUGUGUGCAGCACGGGCUGGGGGUGCAGGAUGGGGUGGCUGCUGGUGCUGGGUGCUGCCAUGCUGCUGGGAGCAGAGAGCAAAGCUCCCCUGGAGACCCCCACAUUUGGGGACAUCUACCACGUCACAGGAGUCAUCAGCCUGCCCUAUGCGGAGAUCAAGGAGCCCUUUGAAGCCUGGUACAACCUCACCGGGGGGAAGAGCCGCAUCCAGUACUAUGGUGGCCAAGUGGUCACCUACCAGCUGGGCUCCAUCGAGCCCUUUGGUGCCAGCUUCAAGGUGACUCCCGAGACCACGGAGACGGAGGUGAACGUCCGCAAGUGCUUCCGCAUCAACGGCACCGAUGGGGACCUCAUCACCCCACAGAGCGUCUUCCCCAGCCUGGAGAACUUCAAGCGGGUGCGGGACGAACGGUGCCAGGGGCAGCCCUGCGCUGUGUGGCAGAACAUCUCCUACUGGGGCCACAAGAAGAACGUGUACAGGCUGCGGGUGGGCAGCUCUGCCCAUGGCCCCGUGCCCCUGCACUACGAGGUGCGGGGCUACAACAGCCUCCUGGGGUCUCACUACGACAAGUACGAGAUCGCCUACUCCUCCUUCAGCCACUGCUUCCCCCCCAGCGUCUUCCAGCUCCCCGUGGGGGUGCAAUGCAAACAGUGGCCCACAGCCGGCCCCGAGCACCGCAUCGUGGCCAACCCCAUGCAGGAGUUCGUGGGGCGCCCACAGGAGAUGGACCACAUCCACCACCGCCUCUUCCACCGCUACAAGGAGCGCUUCAGCAAGAGCUACAGCAGCGAGGAGGAGCACGAGCACCGCAAGCGCGCCUUCAUCCACAACAUGCGGUUCGUGCACUCCAGGAACCGCGCCGCGCUCUCCUACACGCUGGCCCUGAACCACUUGGCCGACCGCACGCCCCAGGAGCUGGCUGCACUGCGGGGCCGCCGCCGCAGCCGGGCCCCCAACACCGGGCAGCGCUUCCCCAGCGAGCUCUACACCGGCCUCAUCCUGCCCGAGAGCCUCGACUGGCGGCUCUAUGGCGCUGUGACCCCCGUGAAGGACCAGGCUGUCUGCGGCUCCUGCUGGAGCUUUGCCACCACGGGUGCGAUGGAGGGUGCCCUAUUCCUCAAGACCGGUGUGCUGACCCCCCUGUCCCAACAAGUCCUCAUCGAUUGCUCCUGGGGCUUCGGGAACUACGCCUGUGACGGGGGGGAGGAGUGGAGAGCCUACGAGUGGAUCAAGAAACACGGCGGCAUCGCCAGCACCGAGUCCUACGGGCCCUACCUGGGGCAGAACGGCUACUGCCACUGCAACCAGUCAGAGCCGGUGGCCCAACUCGCCGGGUACGUCACCGUGGAGCCGGGCAGCGCCACGGCUCUGAAGGCUGCGCUGGUCAAGCACGGCCCCGUGGCUGUCAACAUCGACGCCUCCCACAAGUCCUUCGCCUUCUAUGCCAACGGGGUCUAUGAGGAGCCCCGCUGCGGCAAUGAGACAAUGGCGCUGGACCACGCGGUGCUGGCCGUGGGCUACGGGGUCCUGCAUGGCAAGAGCUACUGGCUCAUCAAGAACUCCUGGUCCACCUAUUGGGGCAACGACGGCUACAUCCUCAUGGCCAUGAAGGACAACAACUGCGGUGUGGCCACUGCUGCCUCCUUCCCCAUCCUGGCCUGAUGGGACACACGUGUCCCAUCCCGUCCCCUCCGUGUCCCUGCAGGCAGCUCCAGAUGGAUGGGGGCUGGCAGAGGGACACGGGGCCCUGGGAGGCAGCUGUGGGGCAGAGGGAUUAGCUCAGAGGAUGCUUCCAGCCCUCUGGAAAAGGUAAUUUACCAUUAUAGCAAUAAAAGCCUAUAGAAGUGA